CGAGCUGCGAGAGGACACAGAGCUCACAAAAACCCCCGUGCCCCCAUUCCUCAGCGUCCCCCAGCAUGGAAAGCCUGAGUAGCAGCAAGCCCAGGCUCUGUCCCCUGCUCCCGCCUCAGCUGAAGCCGUACAGCUGUUGCCCGAGCAGAGAAAGGGAUUGGAUUUCACAGGCUGUGUAAUCUGCGACAGUGCUCUCUGCCUUGGGGAUAGCAACGAGCCUCACCCAGGCUCAGCCAUCCCCUUUCUGCCCGUCAGGAACGCCCCGGUCGACAUAGAAGGAAAAUUGUUUGCUGAAUUUCUGCACAGCCCUCCUUCCAAUUGCUGGAGAGAGAGGGGGAGUGAGAAAGAGAGAGAGUUUAAGGCAGGCUCUGCACUGGUGUUCUGGGCUAUUUCAACUUCAGGGCAACUUUAGAGAACUUCAGUUAUUUUUGGUUCUGGACGACAGCUGAGACCGGCUGAGCCCCCGGGAGAUGCUGAUGCCGAUGCAGAUGCAGAGGAUGAAGAUUCUGUUAAUGAAGUGGCAGUAGAAGACAUUCGUCCAAGGCCACAAGGAUCCUCUCCAGUUUAUGAGUAUCCCAUAGAAGAGGACUAUUUAAAGCUUCAAGAAGAAAACAAAAAACAUUCUACAGACAAGUCAAAACAGAGUCAUCCACAGGAGACAAUGGAAGUGACCCUGAAAACAGAAGCGGAAGCUGGUGCUAGUGGUUUUAGUGUGAAAGGUGGAGGAAAUGAAGGAAUAUUUAUUAAAAAAGUACUUAAGGAAUCUCCUGCUUCAAAAAUAUUUAGUCUUAGAGAAGGUGAUCAGCUUCUAAGUGCCACAAUAUUUUUUGAUAAUAUCAAAUAUGAAGAUGCACUCAAGAUUCUCCAAUAUUCUGAGCCAUACAGAGUCCAAUUCAGCCUCAAAAGAAAAAUUGCUGUGCAAGAAGAUCUAGAACACUCUACAGCUCAGCACAAAAAGGAAAGGAUAGGCCAGGAAAAAGAACUCAGUGACAGCAUUCCUGAAGAAACACCGCAUGUUUCAGGAAAAGACAUUUCAGAAGAAGACAGGGAAACAUUAAUUGUAAGCCAAAGGCUGGGAAGAAGUAAGAGACCUAAAAAAGAUAGAUUAUCAUGGCCGAAAUUUCAAACAAUCAAAAAUAAAAAGAUAUUGAGGCACAGAAGAUCUCAUAGUACAUCAGAUGCAUAUGAGCCUGCUAUACAGGAUAUUUCCCCUACAAGCACAGACACAGAGUCUCAAUUUCCACAAGAAGUCCAUACCAAAGAGAAGAAAGGAAGCCAAAGGAAGCUGAAGUUCCCUAGCAUUGGAUUCAGAAUGCACAGAUCCAAACCAGAACCCCAAGAGAAGCAAAAAAAAGAAAUAAAAACUACACUGAUAUCUGAAAGAGAAAACAUACAUAAAGAUGAUAUAAGCCUGGAAAAUCCUGAAAUCCUAACCAUUGAAUACACCACAUCUUCUGCUUAUGAAAUGAAAACAGGGGAGAGAUAUGAAACUUUAACAAAAGACUUAAAAGAGAUGAAAAAUGGCAUUCCGUCUCAAGUAAAACAAUGCCCUGAGGUUGAAAUAAGCAUUAAAAAAGAAAAAGACAAGGAAGCAACAUCAAAAUUUAGUGUACCUGAAGUACCAGACAUAACAAUAGAGAUACCAAAGCCCAGCUUAGAAACAGCUGAUCUGAAAGUAAGCCCAUCUAAAAAAUCACCACAAGCCUCAUCAAAAUCCCGAAAAAAGAAACAGAAAGGAACAGCAGAUAAAAAAGAUGAAGGAAGUGGAAUUAACACAGACUUGAAGGGUCACACAGCUAAAGGGUCUGUACAGGUAAAAGGCCUAGAAAUAGGUACUGCUAAAGCAGAAUUACAGACAUCUGACACACUGGAAAGAGGAGAAAAACAAGCAGAAGAGGACAUACAGAUAGUAAAUACUCAGAAAAUAAAUUAUGGAAUUUCAAUGCCCAAAAGAAAAGACACAGAGAUUGACGCCACCAAACAGGGAGGUAAUGAUCCACAAUCAUUACCAGACAAAACAGCUGAUAUGACUUCAGAGGACAGCAAGAAUUUCAGUGUGAAAUCUCUUAUGCCAGAUGCAGAAUCAGAAGUGUCUACUUGGAAAAUACAAAUGCCAUCAUUCAAAGUGGCCAAAACACCAAAAGCUGAUAUGAAAAUAGUAAGAGAAGAAAGCAGAGAGGACAGAGAAGAUAGGGUAAAAAGGGAAGGAAUAGAGGAAGAUGGCAUGCCCACAAAUGAUAAAGCCUUAAAUGUAGAAAUUGGAAUGAAGACAGGAGAAAAAGAUAUAGAGGGAAAAGAAAGCAAAUUCAGAUUGCCAAAAUUAAAAUUCCCUACCUUUACCUGGUCAACUACAAAGGAAGAAACAGCCCAAGCUGAAGCACAGAUAAGUGAAAGGGAAGUAAAAGUGAUAACCCUAGAAUAUGCAGAAGGGCUUCAGGUCAGUGGAACAACAGAAGAAAUAAGAGUUACAAAUGCUGAAAUUCAAGAAGACAUAUCCAAAGGACAACUAGAUCAGGAUGACAUAAACCAAAAGAAAAAAGGCAAAUUGACAAGUCCAAAAAAAACAACAUUGAAAUCUACUACAAUAAAAAUUAACACUGAAGACACAAACGGAAAAAUACAGAUUACAAAAAAUGAUACAGAAAUGCAGAACAGAGAAAUCAAUAAAAAAUCAAAAUAUGAAAUGUCAGAAGGUACAAAAUCAGACAUCCAAGUUGGCAAGGUGGACGUCAGCCUGCCCUCCGUUGACGUCACCCUUCCACAGGCCAGCGUUGACCUGCAGGCGCCUGAGGCCACCCUUAGCGUGGAAGGAGAAGCCAAAGUCCCAGAGAAGGAGGCCACCAAGACCAAGGACGGCAAGUUCAAGAUGCCCAAGUUCGGCAUGCCUUCCUUUGGCUGGUCCAGCAGCAGAGAGGCCAAGGGCACUGUGGCCGCCGAGGUGGACGUCAGUCUCAAGGAGCCUGAAGUGACGGUGCCCUCGGCAGUCCCGGUAUUGGAUAUAUCAUUGCCUGACUCUGAUGUCCAGUCUCCCACUUCUGGUGUUUCGCUGCAGUCUUCUGCUUGUAAAGAAGAGGAAUUUGGUAAAUCUCAAUCUCUUGUAUUUCGAAUCCCUAAAAUUUCCCUUUCUAAAAGUUUCAAACCUCCUGCACAAAAGCAAUCUGGGCUUGAUCUUUCUGUUUCCAAAACUCAUUCUUUAACAGAGGAAGCUUUUUCUGUUUCUUCUGAGAAUGAUUUAUAUCAAUGUUUGCCUGACAGUAAGGGAGAGAGUGUAUCUAAAGGUACGAAAUUCAAAGUACAUGGCAUUGGUUUCUCUAAAGCUGAAGUAACUUCAUCGAAAAUUCCUCUGAAGUCCUCUUUAGAAAAGGGGGAUGAUAUUACUCUUACUAAAUAUGAAAGUAAUCUAACAGAAUCUCAAUCAAAAGUAGCUUCUCUUGCUGAUGAAAAUCUUUCAGAUUUUGAAAUUUUAAGUGACGAUGGUUUUGAGGAGCAAGGUGGUUUAAAGCUAGAGGGGAAAACAACAUCCGCUGCAACAUCUCUGGUUGACACAGAGGUCACAGUUAAAAUCCAUAAAUUCCGAAGACCAAAAUUCAGAAUUCGAUCUAAGGGAAAAGCAUCUGAAAGUGACAUGGCUUCUAGUGUGGAAUCUGAAAUUAGCAAGGGAAGGAUAACAUCUGAUAUGACUGAUCCUGAUACUGAAAACCCAGCUCAAAUCUCUGAUGCCCAACUUGCUGUAAAGUUGCAUAAGCCUUCACUUGAAGUUGUUCUGGAUGCACCAACAAUGGAUCCAAAUCCCUUACCCAUGGAGGUUACCUUGCCAAAAUUAGAAGCAGAAAUCCAUUGCCCAGAUUUAAAGUGCAAGGCAGAACAGGAAGUAAUUACAGAAGAGAGGGGUACUGAGGAGAAAGAAAACAGAUUUAAAUCAUCAAAAUUCAAACUACCUUCAUUUAGGUGGUCACCAAAGAAAGAAGCUGUUGCUUCUUCUCAUGUCGAAGAGCAUCUAGAAGGACCCAGUUUGUAUACUUUAUCUGGAGACAUGGAAUCUGAAUUAACUUUUCCUGCUCCUGAGAAUCAAUACAUCCAUGAAGAAUUUGAUACAACAGAAAAAGAUGGUGAAAAGUUCAAAACCAAGAAGUCCCAAUUUACCAUGCCAAAGAUCUCAUUCCCUAAAAUGAAGGGUCAGAAAGUACAGGUCUCUCUGCCUGUACUGGAAACUGAUGUUUCUGGAUCCAAACAAGAAAAAGAAGGUGUUUCUGUUCAGAAGUCUGAGAAAGGGAGUAGUGGAGAAGGGGCAGGACUGGGCAUAAAAGUGCCAAAAGUUACAGCCCCGACUUUGGAAUUUUCUAAACCAGAAGCCAAAGCUCCCAAAAUGGAGAUGGAUAUUAGCAUGCCUACAGGUGAGGUCACAGUUCCUGCCUGUGAAGAAGAUGAGCUGAGAAGAUUGAAAUCAGUUGCUGCUAGUGCCAGCCUCUCCACCUCAGAUAUUAAGAUGAUACCUGAAGGUUCGAUUGAGGUGAAGAGUCCUGACAUAAGCGUUGAAAGAACAUCAAGUGAAAUUGCUGUGGGUGAUGUAGAGAUAAAAGCUGAAGGUUCUGAAGGGAAAACAAAAAUGUCUAAAUUCCAAAUGCCAAAAGUAGGAAUUAAACUUUCUAAAGGGAAAGGAUCACAAAAGGAUGUUGGCCAAUCCAAAUCAGAAGUCAAGGUUCCCCAGCUAAAAGCAAUGGUAGAAAUAUCUGACAUUGCUGUUGAAGCACCAGACUUGGAGGUGGAAUGUGGCACAGAAACAGAGACUUACAGCCCUGAAGCCAAAAUUACUAAACUUGACAAUAAGGCAUCAGAGGCUGAUUUUCACCUCCCAUCAGCUGACAUUUCUAUUCCAAAACCAGACAGUGAUAUUCAGGAUUCAGAUGCAGCAGUAAAGAUCAAGAAGGAAAUAAAGCAAGAUGGAGAUGAAGAAGAGAAAGAAGGACAUUUCAAAAUGCCCAAAUUCAAACUUCCAUCCUUCAGUUGGUCACCAAAGAAGGAAGCAAGUGUUAAAUCAGAUACUGGAGCAAAUUUGGAAGAUCAAAAGCUCACUGUCAUGUCAAGCAGAAUAGACACAGAAGUAAAAGGAACUGAAACUGAUGAUCAAGGUAGUGGGCCAGACCUUGAUCUGGAAAUAUCUGCAGGAAAAGUUGAACAAAAAAGUCCAGUUAAAAAGCCACAGUUUGUCAUGCCUAAAAUUUCACUCUCCAAGAUCAAGGUUCCAAAAUCUCAGUCUCAUUCACCAAAAGUUGAAGCUGACGCUACUCUUCCUAAAACAGAAAUAGAAGGUGAUGAUUCAAUUAAGAUACCUGAUAUAGAAAAAAGUCAUCCUGAAGGGACUGAAGAAGGGGCACAAAUAAGCAUAAAACUGUCUGACACUAUGGUCCACACUCUGGAGUUUUCCAGAGUAGAAACUGAAGCCUUUAAAACUGAAAUAACAGUCAGCUCAGCAAAGAUUGAUGAUUCUUUGACUCCCUCAGAGGGGAGUUUUCAACAGGUUAACUUAAUUUCAAGUUCCACCAAUGAAUGUAACAUUCAAAAAACCGGUAUUAAGCUCCCCAAAGGAGAAGCUUCAGUUGAUUUGAAGAGCCCUGAUAUAUUAACAGAAAGCUCAUCAGUUGUGGAUGGAAGAAAAGUGAAAUUGGAAGGUCCUGAAGGGAAGAUUAAAAUGCCCAAAUUCCAGAAGACAAAGUUUGGAAUCUCCCUAACAAAAGGGAAAGUGCCUUACACAGAGAUCAGCUCCCCAAAAAUAGAAACUGAGCUACCCCAGCUAAGAACAACAAAUGAAAUUGCUGACAUUGCUGUGGGAGUUCCAGCAUCAGAACUUACAUUUAAUAUGUCAGAUCCUGGAGUAGUUGAUGGUAAGAUAAAAACACCUCAAGCUCUGAUGGGUGGCAUUGAAGAUGCAAAGGUAGACAUAAGCACCCAGUCAGUGUCUAAACCAAAGACAGAGGGAGUUAUUGAGAGUCUUGAGGAGAAGGAAAUCAAAUUGAAAGAAAAUGAAAUAAAAGCGGAAGAAGUUCAGACUGAAGAAUAUCAGGGAUGGUUUAAAAUGCCAAAAUUCAGAAUACCUGCAUUUGGGAGGUCAUCCUUAAAAGAAAAAAAAAGUGAUGUUGAUAUUGAAAGAAGUAUGGAAAAAGUUCAGGCAACUAUUCCUUCUGCUGAAGUACAAACUGAAACAAGUAUUCCUGAAAAUACCUUCUCAUUACCACAUGCAGUUGCUGAAAUUACUAUUGGAAAAGAAGGGAUUCAAAAAUUAGGAGAUUCUGUGAAACGUUCUGAUGCUUGCUUGCCAAAGAUGGAAGGAGAUAUUUCAUUAUCCACAGAAAGAACAGACAGUAGAGUGAAUAUUCCAAAAACUGAAACUUAUGCAGAUGUAGUUAAGCGCAGUGCUGAAGGACAUACUUCAGAAAUCACCGUGUCUGCAGCAGAAUUGCCUAAAUCAUACUCAAGUGCUUCAGAAACUGACAAAGAGAAGAGUUCAAUAAAUAGGUUUCCUACACAUACUCUGACGUUUCCAGAGCAUAAAGGCAAAUCAUGGGAUAUAGAAGUUGCAAAGGUAGAAAGUUCCAUGAAGUUAGAAACAUCAGGGGUAGGAUGCAAACCAUCAUCAGCUGAAAUUACCCUGGAUGUAACACAGAAGGAAAUAGAUGUUAGUCUUCCAAAGGAAGAGCUAGAUAUUCAAAAUAAAGAGAUGGUAAUUAAAAAAGGAAAGAUAAAGGAUGAGGUGAAAAUCAUAGGAAAAGACAGUGAAGAAAGUAAAUUAAAAAGGACUAUAUGUGAAUGGUCUACAACAAAAGGAUCAGAAGAUGGUACUUACGUUACUGCUAAGCUGGAAGACCUAAAGGUAGAAGUUCCAACAGUGAAGACGGAUGUUAAAAUUACUAGAGUAGAUCCUGAAAUGAAAUUUCAAGUGAAAAGUGUUGAAAAGGAUGUGUCUGCAGGAGUGGAAGUGCAAGUAGAAGACAGAACAGAAACAAGUAAAAUUAAAGCAUAUAAGUUUAAGAUUCCAAAGUUUGGAAUACUGCAUUCAGAAAUCAAGAGGUUUGAAGAUGAUACCAAUUUGCCAAAGUCAGAAGCUGAUUCAGCACCUAGAAGUGAAAGAGGCACAGGAGAAAUGCAGUUAAAAAAAACAGAAGAAUCAACUGGCCUGAAAAGUCCAGCUCUAGAUGAUAUAGAAGCAGCCACCAGAAUAACAGGGGAAACAGUGGACCAAACACAAGGUGUCCCAGAAGUAAGUGUAAGAAUUCCCAAACUAAAAAUACCAAGAUUCACUUUCAGAACUCUUCCAAUUGAAGCUGAUGUUUUACUGUCAAAAGUAGCAACAGAUCCAAGGGGAUCUAGUACUGACAUUGAAAUAGUGCAACUGCAAGCAAGCUCUGCUAUCCCUGAAGAAACACCAGGAACUCCAGAGGGGGGUAUUCAAAAAGCAAAAAGCAAAAUUUUAAUGCUGGCUGAACCUGACAUUAAAACAGCACAAAUGACAGCUACCAUAGAGUCCUCCCUUUCAAAUGCAGGGCGAGACAUUCAUUGGUCUUAUAUAGAGGGCCAAGAAGUAAGUGAGAAAGUAGAACCUGAACAUGUUGCUAUUGAGCGGUGUGAGAUUUACACUACUGAAAUACUGAAAGAAUCAGAGGUUCUGUCACCAGAAGUCAAAACUGCUGCUUUGGGAUUCUCAUUGCUUAAGGCAAAGUUGCCUGAAUCACACAGCGAUUUAGAUGUGGUGGUCCAGCAGCCAUCUCCAACGGGAGGUGAAUCAGUGAGAAAACCUACAGGUGCUGGUGAAAGCUUUGGAGUAGCAGCCAAGAGAACUGGCAGUGCUGAGCUUAAACUAUCUGACAAACCACACUGUGAGUCGGAAGAAUCUAGAGGAAAAGUAAGUUUGACAAAGUUGAAAACAUCUGCUGCUGAAGUAAAGUGUUCCAGUAAACUGGAAGAGAGUUUUCCUGAUACAUCACCUCAGGAAAUAACUGCAGCUCCCCUCUCUGAAGAUGAAGAUGUAGUUGAAGCAGUGGAAGGUGAAGAAAAAGACAUAACGAAUGAGAAAGAAAAGACUGAUAGUAAAAGAUCUCCUGGAAGAUUCAAAUUUUGGCUUCCAAGUAUUGGAUUUUCUUCUUCUGGGGAUGAAACAAGCACAGAUGCAAAACCAGAAAUAAAAAAAUCAGUUCCAGAAGAUGUGAAACCUGCUGACACAUCAGAUGAUUCUGCUAAGCAGGCUGAAAAAACUGGAUGGUUUAGAUUUCCCAAGCUUGGUUUCACAUCUCCUUCUAAAAAGGCUAAGUUUGUUGACAAAGAAGAGGUGGGUCAUAAAGAGGGGAGACUCUCAGAUGAAGAUAGCCCAACAGAUAAACCAGAUGUGUUUUUUGAUGCACAAGAAAGCUUAUCACCUAAAGAGAUAGGAGAAGGUGAAAAAGCUGAAAUUGAUGGGGCCUCGUCUAUUGUGACAUCUUCAGCAAGAACUGAACUAAUCUUGUUGGAGGAAGAAAAAGAUAGUAAAUCUAAUAUUGCUGGAGAUACAACCAAAUGAAGGUUGUAUUUUCUCAGUCCUCAGUGAAAACAAAAUCAUCUGUAUGUACAGAAGAGAAUGUUUCUCUGAUUUUCUAGUAACUGAAAAUUUAAACCCAAGGCUGGUAUUCAUGAAAACACUUGAACAGAAUUUACCACAUUCAGAUUUUCAAGUAUAUGUAUGUACUAGAUUGUACACUAAUAAAAAUAGUGAUUUCUUCAUAUCUACCCCAAGGGCAAAAGUUAUGACAGGUGCUGUUAUGACAGAGCCCAUAGUUUGAGUAAAGUCUGAGCAGAUACCAGAACCAUGAAAGUAAAUCAUUGAAAGGCUCAAUGAUAGCAAAAGGCUUGUUAAAGAGGCUUCUCAAAACACACCAGUUAUAUUUAGAUUGCAGAUUAUUUCCAGAAUGGGUUCUAAACUUGUACUAUGAGAACUAUACUUACCUGUUUAGAUUUUGGAACUUUCUGAUCUAUUUUUGCUUUGUUAUUAAAAUGUUUUUCUUUAUUUCAGCUAAGGUAGUAUGUAUAUUCCACAAACACUUUAAAAUACAAAAUAAAAAUUAAAUACUAUUGUAGAGAGACUAAUGCUUUGCCUCUUCCUCUCUUCUCAUUUUUUUAUUAUUGUGGUGGGUCCUAUUUAGCCGUAUGAUAAUUUGAAAAAACCAAAAAAACAGCAAAAACCAACAGAAUUAUUUCAAGACCAUAAAACAUGGAACUAAAUCUUGUUUGUAAGAUACCAGAAUAAAACAUGCUUCCAAAGAAUAUUACUCAAAUGUGGAUAAAGAAAUUUUAAUGUAUAUACUUAUGGGAUUGUUAAAUGCUUAGAAUGAUCUGUCACACUGCUGGAAUUGCUUCAGAGAUUUUCUGGGAAAGGAGGUGUAUAUAAUUAUUUGCUCCUUUGUUUAUAUUAAUGCUUCUCUCAAGUGCACAAUGAAAACCAAAGUGCAUAUGUGACAGCCUUCACAUGUACCAUUAAAACACUGUCUGUAUUCUUAAUUCACAAUAAACUCACCAUACAAAUAA